AUGAAGCUUCACAGGCUCAUUCUGGCUGCCCUUGGGGUCGCAGCAGAAACUAAAGUGCUCGACACCUGGAACAGUGGGGCCAGUGUCCGUGCAAAGGUCACUGCUGAUUGCCUUGGAAGUCGAAAAGUUGCUCCACGACCAGUCGAAACCGACUUGGUGAUCGCACUCGACACAUCUUUUUGCAAUUCUAAUCGAAUCGACCAGGUCAAGACCAACCUUCUCGAUCUCAUUGGAACUAUAACAACUCCUGAAAACGGUGGACAAAAACUCGGAGACAGUCUUCGUGUAUCAGUUGUCAGUUUCAAUAGAGAUGCUCGAGAGAUCUUUAGUUUCUCGAAAUACAACCGGUUGGACAAUAUUCAAAUGGAACUCGAGAAGGCCGUCGACCAAAUCAUUUUCGACGAUGAAACAACUAAUUACAACGCAGCAUUUGAACGAAUCGAAACGAUAUAUUCAUCUCAAUUCCGAGAAAACUCGCAGCGUGCCAUGGUUAUUUACAGUAAUGGAAACCAAAAUGACGAAAUCGACUACAACCGCCUGCGAAAUAAUCUAGAUAACUUGGAGCUGAAAGUAUUUGGAAUGUCUUUUAGUUCCAAAUGUCCAGGAAAUCCAACAGAUGACAGCAAUUUGGAUCGUGUGUGUCCGAACCGAGUCUUCUUUCAAAAACUGACUGAUGACGCAGGCUUCAUCGAAUCGAAUGAACAUAGUACUGCAAUGGAGAUAACGCGAAGACUUUUUAAACAAGAAGAUGACGUCUCCGAUGAUUUUAUUACCGAUCGUGAAUGUGAGACUGGUUUCCCCUACAUUCACCUCGACGGAGACCAAGGCGAAGUUGGUCCGCCAGGUACAGACGGUGACGACGGACGUCCUGGAGAACCAGGUGCUCCCGGAGAAGACGGAGAAGCUGGCAGGCCAGGAGAAAAUGGACCGACUGGAUUUGCUGGUCCACAAGGUGACCGAGGUGAACCUGGACGACAUGGAGAACCAGGAGUGCAAGGACCCCGCGGUCCUCAAGGAAACCGUGGAGAAACUGGACCACGAGGUCCACCCGGCAAUCGAGGACGCGAUGAAGUAGGACCUCGUGGCCCUGAAGGACCAGCAGGCCGAUCAGGUCAGGAUGGUGUUAGAGGAUCUCGUGGAAAAGACGGAGCGCGCGGACGAGAUGGCGAGCGAGGCCCAGAUGGCCGAAACGGUGACCCUGGGAAUCCAGGUCGAGAUGGACCGGAUGGUGAUGCUGGAAGUGAUGGUCUUAAACCAACUUGUGACGAAAGUAGCGCUGCUGGCGACCGAGGAGCACCAGGUAUCCCUGGUAAUCCAGGAAAACGAGGUGAAGAUGGUCAAAAUGGCGAAAAUGGCGAAGACGGGCAAAGAGGGCCAGCUGGUGCUCGCGGUCCAACUGGUGAACGAGGACGACCUGGUCCCUCUGGAGAAGCAGGGCCGCAAGGAAAAACUGGUAAAGCGGGCGAAAAUGGGCCUGAUGGCGUUGCAGGCGACCCCGGUCUUCCUGGUCCAGAUGGCGAUCAAGGAAAUAGAGGCCCCUCUGGCGAAGCAGGAAUCGCUGGUGAUGCUGGUCCAACUGGUCUUGAUGGUAAGAAUGGGAAUCCCGGAGAACAGGGUGACAUAGGUGAAUGUGGCCCCGCUGGGAAAUCAAUUGAUGGCUGUCAAGGACCUCCCGGUCUACCUGGACCACAAGGCCCUGCAGGAUCUGAUGGAGAUGCUGGCCGACCUGGACCUGAUGGUGCAAGUGGAUGCCCUGGACCUCGAGGUGCCCCUGGAAACCCUGGAUCACCAGGAGUUAUCGAACAGGAUGAACUGGAGAUUCUCGUCCACAUGGCAAUUAAAGAGCUCAUUGAAGAAUGUGAAGACGAUUCGGACUCGUCUUCUGGCCGUGGAGACAUUGCAGAACUUAUUUAG